AUGGCACCCGGCGAGUCGAAGGAUGAACGCGACGUUCGGGUUGCCCAACUCUGGGACAACCUGGACGCGCGCAAGGAGGGUAAAGUCGACUUGAUAGGUUUAAAGAAAGGGCUGAAGAAGAUCGAUCAUCCCUUGAAGAACGCAGAUGAGAUGGUGCAUGGGAUACUACGGGAGGUCGAUACAAACGGCGACGGUCGCAUAGACUAUGAUGAGUUCCGAGCGUUCAUCGACCACACCGAGUCUGGGCUCUGGCAGAUGUUCCAGCGUAUCGAUCGCGACCAAAACGGUGAAAUUGACAAAGCAGAGCUGCGAAAUGCCUUUGCUCAGUCGGGGGUGACCGUCUCAAGUGCAAAGCUGGAUCAGUUCUUUGCCCAAGUCGAUAAAAAUCAUGACGGGGUAAUCUCUUAUACGGAAUGGCGGGAUUUUCUCCUCUUCCUCUCGCUCCAUUCCUCCUCCGACCUACACGCCGUCCUCUCUUACUACACGGCAACGGGAAAUCUAAACCCGGAAGGAGAUGUCAACAUCAAUGAUCUGCAGGGUUUAGGUACAGACCAAUCUUUUCCUUCUUUUCUCCUGGCUCUACCGGCCGUUUUGUACCAUAUUCUUUCUCUUCCCGGCCUCGCCUCCCUUAUCCCAACCGCCCACGCUCAAGCCAGCAUAUCCGAGCUGCCUUCAGCACUCGGAGACCUGUCAGAUCUUGAUCCCGAGCUGGAGUGGCUUCCCAUUCCCAAAAAAGUCGCCAUGUGGAUGACAUUGAGCUAUUAUGAAAGGAAGUUGACCGAGAAUACCCCUCAACUAGGCUACUUCGUUGCCGGCGGAAUUGCGGGGGCUGUAUCCCGGACAGCCACUGCGCCUCUCGAUCGCCUUAAAGUUUAUCUGAUUGCUACGACCGGUGUGAAAACUGCAGCUGUAAGAGCAGCUAAAGAUGGAGCUCCCAUUGCCGCCGCCAGCAAUGCCUCAAAAUCCCUCGUCGAUGCCUUAAAGGAGCUGUGGUCUGCUGGUGGAAUUCGAAGUCUCUUUGCUGGAAAUGGCCUGAACGUUCUCAAGGUCAUGCCCGAGUCAGCAAUCAAGUUCGGCGCAUAUGAGUCUGCUAAACGUGCCUUCGCCCGCAUUGAAGGCCAUGGCGAUACGAAGCGACUUCGACCAACUUCUCAGUUUCUGUCCGGUGGUAUUGGUGGAAUGGUUGCUCAGUGUUUCGUUUAUCCCCUUGAUACAUUGAAAUUUCGAAUGCAAUGUGAAACUGUGCAAGGUGGGUUGAGAGGAAAUAAACUCAUCAUAGCAACUGCCAAAAAAGUUGUCAAUACAAAUGGUGUUCUUGGUUUCUUCCGUGGACUCCCACUUGGUCUAAUCGGAAUGUUCCCAUACGCUGCAAUCGACCUGACGACCUUCGAAUAUCUCAAACGUGCUCUCCUCGCCCGCCAAGCUCGCAUCAAGCACUGUCAUGAAGAUGAUGUUCCGCUCAACAACUUCAUGACCGGUGCUAUUGGCGCUAUCAGCGGAGGUCUCAGUGCUUCCGUCGUCUACCCUCUGAAUGUUCUCCGAACUCGAAUGCAAGCGCAGGGCACCGUCCUUCAUCCCGCAACCUACAGCAGCAUCGGCGACGUUGCACGAAGAACAUACCAAGCAGAAGGCCCUCGGGGCUUCUUCAAGGGUCUGACUCCCAACCUUCUCAAAGUGGCUCCAGCAGUGUCCAUCAGCUACGUGGUCUACGAGAAUUCAAAACGUGUCUUAGGUCUCAAAUGA